AUGAACCACAAGUCGAGGCGGCCACUCACGACCAGCGAGUCGGCGAAUGAACUGCUGGGGAAAACACUGGCCGCACUGGACACCGUCAUCCAAGACGCGCAGCAGCCGGACGCGGGAAACUCCCUUCAGGCCGGGAGAAAAAGACAGCGCGGUGGCGACUUUUUUGCCGCCAUGGCGGAGCCGCACCUCUACACACUCCGGUCUCUUGUCGUGACUUAUGGGGUGCAGUUAGCGCCUUCGCUCGACGCGAUUGCACGGCGGGUGCUGCUGGCCGUGGCGUCUCCCGGCAUUGCGAGCGCUGCCUCCUGGGAACUUGCGGCGCUGCUCGGCACAUAUUUUAGGGCAGGUGCCGUGCGUGUGCUGGAGGAGCUGAUGGAGCUGCUGCUGAACGAGAGGCCUCCGUUCCUACUCGCGGCGCCGUGCGUCGUUGGGUGGACUGGCGCGGCAACAGAAGCACCGUCGGUUGGUGAAGGCGAUGGGGACGUGUCGACUCCCGUCGCAGAGGACGAGAAGGAGGAAGAGAACACAUCCAAAGUUUUGCGGAGCCUACGCGCCCUUGAGGAGUUGCUUUUCGCAGUGGGUCCGUACAUGAACGCAUCAAUGAUGCAGCGGGCAACGCUACGCUUUGCGCAGGAGGUGGUGAUGGAGGGCAUUCUUGACGCCCCACCCUCGAGCCUCCCAGCAGACAACAGAAAACACCUUGGCGGAAAAAAGGGCAAUUCAAACAAUAAUAACAGCAACGACAGCGGCUUACAGCAGCAGCAGCGGACUGUAGCCUCGUCCACUGUGUUUCUUGUUGAGGAGGCGUUACAGCCCCUUUUUGUGGAUCUGCUCACGUCAUUUCUGCUGCUGUGCCGCCCGCUGCCCGGUGUGGUCUCGGCGUGUGUGGUGCGAGUGCUGAAAGAACUUCCCGCACGGCCAAUCACGAUGCGAAAUUGCCGUGAAAAUCAAAAUCUUCUUCGUUCCAUCUCCCGGCUUUCCGCGACGUUUACGGCGCUGCGGCAUCCGCACGCGCUUCCCUUUUAUUUGCCGCCUAUCGACAUUGUGGAGAAACCCACACGGCGGGUCGCCGGGGACAUUUCUUCAGCCGGCGGCGACAGAACGACGGAUGUUCCUGCUUCUCUUCUCCCUUCUCGUCCUUCUCCUCCGCCCACACCCUCCGUUGGUGUGGCGCCACAGCCCGGUGAAACGCAGCAGCAGCAGCAGCAGCAGCAGCAGGUUGCGGCAACAGACUGCGCCCGCCCUGUUAGCUCCUCCCCGCCGCACCAAACGAUAAGUGCGGCCCGGCAGCAGCAGUCUUUUUUGGGCCGUAGGGAAAACAGAGGGCGGGACGUGCUUCCCGCCGCCGCGGUACCACAACAGCAGCAAAAACAACAGCGGAACACGCCGGUGAAGCCGUCCCCUCCUGUGGGACCUACUGCCGAAGAGAGCGACGAGGAGGAUGAAAUGCCCGAGAUUGACAUGGAAGACUGA